UUUGGCCAACUAAGCCGAGUGGUUAAGUUCUCCUCCUGUUGGAAGUUUCUUGGAACGCGUUUCCCUUUUGCAAGGGGCUUCCCUGACUUUCGGGAGGGCCCGGAAGAAAUGCGAAUUGGCCGCCGCUUUCGCUUAAAAUUGCUCCGCUUGGAUGCCCAGAUCAUCAGCCCUUGGGCUCUUGAAGACGGCUGCGGAUUAGUUUCCACCGACACUAGAAGCGCAGGGUGCCGGGGGCGCCACCGGCUCUGGAUUCCUGGGAUGUACUUGGGGUGUGCAGGGAGCCAGCGGGCGGGGGUGUUGCCAGGGGGGGCUGCCGUGCAUGUGCCCUCCUGGAGAGUGCAGUGUGGGUGUCUGCCCCUGUGAGCAGGGCAUGAGGGCUCUUCAGCUGAGCUGGGGCGUUGGGGGAACCCUGAGACCAAAAGCCCCGCAGCCAAAGCCGAGUGUGGCCCCUGCACCAAAGCAGGGCGGGACGAGGUGCUUCGGAGGCAGUGCCAUCCGCAGGGAACCUUCCUCCCAAAUGUCCCCUGGGGACUGCCGCGGCUCAGCCUGCUGCACUUCAUCCCUGUCCCUUCUCUCUUUCCUUUCUCAUGUGGAAUCUGCUGCAUUUCCCUCCGAGGUGCGGGGAGCAUCCCUCUGCUCACCGAGGAGAAGUUUGAGUUCUUUAGCUUGAGGGGCGUGCGGCACCCGGAAGCGGGCGGGCCCCCGGAAGCGGGCGGGCCGUGUGGUGGGUUUCUGGCGGCUCUGCUCUGGACAGCAGCAUUGGAAUUUGGUUGGGAUCCCACACGGAGAACCCGUUAUGGGAGGAGGAGGUGGAACAGUCCCUCACGGCGGGGUGUGGCUGUCCUCCACCACUCAUGGUUGCUCUACCUUGAGACUUAACGGGCCUCCUGGUGUUUACAUAAAUGUCAUUCUGUUGGGCCCGGCUGCUCCUGGCCACCCAAGGGGCUCCUUUUCAGGAAGUAGGAAGAAGAAGGUGUUUGUGUAACCGUCCAGGGGUGGGGCCAGCACCUCUUUGGGGUCCCCUUUGGAGAGGUGUAGGGCUCUGGCUUCUUGCAUCUCUUGGGCUGAGCCUGGCUGCAGGCGGCGGCCUCUGGUGUGGCUCAAUUUUUUAGUGCCCAUUUCUGGGGACCCGUGUUGUCGCCGGUUCGACAGCCCCUGCUCCUGUGGGCGGCCGGUGCAACAGUGAUGGGGCCAAGUCAGCCGGCGCAUGGGGAAGGAGGGCCUACUGUGCGCACCGUGGGGCGUGCGGGCCGUUCUGAGAUGGCGGAGAGACGGGACUCCUGUCCCGAGGGGCCCUGUUCUGGCGGGAAGACUGUAGCAAGGGCCGUGGCCUGACCACAGACGGCCCCAAGGCAAAGGUGGGCCUCCUGGGGCCUGUGGGACGGUCCCUUGAGCGCAGAUCCACUGCCCUGGACUUCGAGGACGGGCUCCCCAGGGGCUCACCCCAGGGGCCCUGCACCCAUUUGGGCAACCAGAGUCUCGGUGACAGACUCCCCACCCCCAGCCCUGCCCUCCCCCACUUCCUGUUGUGCCACAGGCCGUGCUGAGCUGCUCUUCUGAGAUAGGGCGAGGGCCCUGCAGCCCCCACCAGCCUGGGGCAGCGCUUCCCUGCUGGUGUCAAAGGUCUCAGGCUCUUUAAGAAGCUGGUCACCAUGGUCACCAUGGCCAGCGCACUUCCGUUAUCUGAUUCCCUGCACAUUUCAGCCUGUGCCUGCGUUCCCAGCCUUCCCAUCCUACCCCGGUGUCCCUGGGCUUCCGCCCGCUCUCACUGGCCGAGUGCGUGGGAAGAACAGCUUUAUUCUAGCCUGUGAGGGCAAGGGCUGGUGCUUGCUCAGUGCCCACCCCACACCCCUGGCUGGGGUGAGCUGCAGGGGCUGCCCCAGCCCCCACCGUAGCAUAGAUCCUCCACACGGCCAGCCGGGCCUUGGGAAGGCAUGGGGGCCGGACGUGGCCUGGGGCUGGCGGCCCUCGAGGGUCUUUGGGGAAGAUGCUUCCUGCAGAACGUGUGGCCCUUGGCUGGGCCCCCACCCCCGGCCUCUGCCUUCCAGCCCUGAGCUUUGAUUGUUUGUUGAGCGCCAGCCUGGGUCCCGGGACAGGCAGGGACCUGCUCCCGUGAGUUCCGUGGAGCCUUCGGAAGCUUUCCCAGGAACGCUCCCCGGGGAGUUUGUUUUACGAGGAAUUGGCUGGGAUGGAGUGGGUCUAAUUACAGGCCAGAGAGGGUCCCUCUUGCCCCCGCCUGGGAGGUGGGGAGGUUCUGGCACACUCAGCGCCCCAGACCUCUGCCUGCCCAGCUCUCGGGGGGUGGGGCUCCUUAGGAGCCUUGGGGGCCUGCCCAGCUCUUGGGGGGGCUCCUUAGGAGCCUUGGGGGUUGCCGUACCCUCCCCCCCAGGCUCUGAGGGCCACAGGAGGAGAGGGGCUUGCAGGAGAGGCCCCCUGGCGCCCCGUAGCGCUCCCACAUGGACCUCCAGAGCAGAGUUAAUGAUCUGCCUGCUGGGAGGGGGCCAGGCCUGGGUUUUACUGGGGGGUGGUCAGUGCAAAGGGCCUGAAAGAGGAGGUGACAAACCCAGCUGCCCCCUCCCUGGCCGGCUGCCAAAAUUCGAUUUGUAAAUGCUCUCGUUCAGGCUCAGUAACUGCGUGGUGGGCAGAAGCACCCCGAACUUUCUCGUCUUCCUCCUGAAGCUGGAGGCAGGGGACAAGGCUGCACUUGGAACCCCAACUCUGGGUUGGGCUGGUGGGGGCCGACGUCACCAACACUGACCCCUGACCCCUGCAUGGCCUUCGGGAAGCGGCCGAGGGGUCCUCUGCUCUGUUGGUGCUGGCACAGUUAAAGUUUGAAUGAACGAACGGUGACCACAGACUGUCAACUCUUAUCCAAAUACUUUGUGGUUCCCGCGAGAAUCUCCGCUCUGCCCCCGCUGGGCGCUGACUGGGUCUCCUGGGAGCACGUUAAGGACACAGGUGUAGGAGCAGCAUUUCUUCGGGGAUUCGAGCGCGUCCCCCCGCCCCACUUCCCCUCCCCUGUGAGAAGUGGGGUCCCCGGGACGGCACUGAUGUCCUUUGUGCCUUGUGCACAGAGGAGAUGGGCCCAUUGCUGGUGCGAAGACCGAGGACAGGCCGGACGGUGGCCCUGCUGAGUGGGGGGAGAGCUGCCACUGUUUGUAGCUGGGGCCGGGCUGGGGGAGCGGCGCAGACCCCGCUCAGAGAGCCUUGGAGGAGGGGCCGCGGCCCCCCGGGGCACAGGGAGCUGUGUGGGGAGCAGGUGCGGCCCCGUGUCCUCCUGGUCUUGCUCCCCCGCACCAGGGCCCGCGGUGGCAGAGGGCGCCGUGUUGGGAGCCGCCGAGGCCAGGCGCAGAGCACACGCCCUGCCGGUGUGUCACUGUUGUCCACCAGUCCACGGUCCCGCUGUCUGAGUCCUCGGCGCUGGGCCCCGUGGCCAGGGCCAGAGCCCCAUGGCCAGUGCUGGACUCCCACGGCCAGUACCAGGCCCCAGUGACCAGCGUGGGCUCCCCGGUGACUUAGUGAGAGCACAGCUGAAUGAAGCCACCACUGAGCUGGCCUGGUUGUCCCUGUGGACUCUGUGGCUCAGUGAAAUGGGGACAUCUAAGAGGAAAUUCAAUGAUGGCUACACAGGGCCUGGUGCUGCUUGGCACCCGGUGGCACGGUGUCACCUGCUGGUAUCCGCAGAGCCGAGGCCCUCGGCCCUGGCUGCCCACGGAGAGCCCCACGUCCAGGCUGGUCCCCUGGGACCUCUGCCAAGCCCCCGAGCUCCUGGUGGCCCAGCAGGCCCUGGUGGAGAAGCAGCACUGUGUGGGCCAUGCCUCGGGCCCCCAGCCCUGGCGGGGAACUUAGCUGCAGCCCCCUGCGCUCCCCCAGAGGUGCCCCGUUCCUGAGGGGUCAGCUAGGCGAACCCCCGUGUGGGAGGCCUGGGGGACCUGAGCUGGACGUGGAGUGAGUUUGGUGUCAGGCGCUGGGCCUGGGCGGGGCACCCUCUGAGCCUCUUCUUGAGCAAGGAGGGCGGGUCCCGUCCCAAGUCCCAUCCUCAAACCGUCUAGCUGAGAGUGGUGAAAAGGCAAGCCCCCUCCUCCCUGCCUUCUGGAAUAGUCCAUAGGAGUGGAAACUUGGUUCACACUGAAUUUCCUAUCUAAUAGGGUUCAGCGUACACGCCCAGGGGCGGGAGGGGAGGUCUCAGUGGUCCUCGGCAUGCCCGUCCCUCCAACUGUCAGCGAGCAGGGAGGUCACUGUGAAGUGUUUGGUUGGUGAGUUGGUUGGUGACAUAGAGAAAAAAUGACUUGUUCGUUAUAAACAAUUAACUGGAGAGUGAAGGAGGUCGAAGCUGACUCAGAGCCACGUCCGCUGUCCACCCCAGCCCAGGCCGGCUCCCCCCACGAAAUCCAGGUGCUGCCCUGCAGCCCUGGCCAGAGCCCCUGGGGCCCGCCCUGACGGGGGCUGGGUUUUGUGCCUCCUUAGAGGUGCCGCAGGAGUCCCCAGUGAGGGCCGUGGUAACGUCCUCCGGUUGGCGCCCUCCGGCUCUGCAGGAACAUGUCGUGUCGGGCUCUCGGCAGAGCCUCUGUCCGCCCCGCCCUGGCGUCUUCCUCCCACUUGUGCUCCGGGUGGGAAGGGGCCCGGGCGGCGGCUGGUGGAGCAGGGCCUCCGCCCCGCACGUCAGCCCCGCGGCGCCCUGCGCCCAGGGUGGGCCUCCGCGGGUCACUUAGUGCCCCAGCGGGGCUGCGAGUCCUCGGAGUCGGUUCUGAGAGCAGAGCCUCCAGGUGGGGCCUGGCGUCCCGGUGGGACUGGGGUGGCUCGGGGUGAAAGGUGGAAGAUCGGGGAGCAGAGGGAGGGCGUGAGGCUCUGGCGAGGGUCCUGUAGAGACAAGAAGGGCAGGAAGAGGAGCAGACUUCACCCUGGCUGUCGCUGUGGCCGGAAGGCCUGUCUGCGAGGGAGCCCCGGCCCAGGUGCCAGCCCGGCCUCCACUCACUGGGCCACCACAAGGCCACUGCAAGACGCCGGGGACUGGGCCCGCGUCAGGAGGCCCCUGGCUCCUUCCAGCCCCUGGAGCCCCUAAGAAUUUGGUGAAGUUGGUCGAUGGUGCCGGGAGGCAGCCCGCACGUGGGUGGGCGGACGGCUGGUUCCGUUUACUAACCACGUGGCCUUAGAUGUGCUUGUCGCCCUCUCAGAGCCAUUUUCUGUCUGAAAAGUGGAAAAUGGUGGUUUCCGCUCCGUGGCACCGUCGUGAGGCCGCGGGGAGGUGAACGGCUGAGGCGAGGCCUGGGCGGGCACAGAGGCCACUGCAGCUGCUCAGUCCCGCCGUGGGGCAGCCCCGGGCUGCUUGGGGGGGGAGGGGGACACAUGCAAGGUGGGCCUUCCGGAAGCUUCUGGUUUGCUUGGGUGAUGAGCACAUACCUGGUUCUCAGGUGAGGCGCCCCAGGAAGGCCGGGACGCAGCAAAUUGUGGGGCCCAGGAGCAUGUGGGAUGCCUGCUGGGCCUGGGCCCUCGCAUUUUGCCAGAGAUCCGGGGGGAGGGAACAGGACCCUUCUGAUGUGGGGACAGCGGGAGGACAGGAGGGGAAGGUGGCUCAGCGUUCUGGGUGUGGGGGCUGCAGAGGAGGACUCCAGGGGUUUCUCCCCCACCCUGCCACAUGUCCAGGAGGCAGUGAGGGAAGGCCCCGGUGGCCCCACCCCCCAGCCUGUGCCUGCUCCUGCUGCUGCUCAGGCCACCUGGGUGCUGCCACCACUCGGCACCCCGGCACCCCGUCCCCCGCCGCCUGCUGCCACCCACCUGGGGAGAGCGGCCACGGGCGUGGAGUCCUUGGCUCCCUUCCCGCCCUUCCCAGUGUCCUCCCCAGGGUUAACGUUGACCUGGACCGCCUGGUCCUGUCUCCCCAGACUCCUGGGACCAGCCCAGAGCUCAGCCCCGGCCAGCGCCCUCCUCCCCCCAUGGGCCUCGGAAGGAGAAGCAAGUGCGUGACCUCUCUGCGUGUGCCUCGGUUUCCACAUCCUUCUGUGCUGCCCAUUCCUAGGCUUGUGGGGAGACGUGACCCAGAGAAGGGAGCCUGGUCCCCUGAGGGGCUCAGGUGUUGGUGGGUGGGGCGGGGGGAGGGCAGCCCCCGACCUGUGCGUGCACUGAGCUGGCUCCGCCCCAGGUCACUGUGGGGCUCGCCAGGGUCUGCUGGGGAGGAUGGAGCUCGAGACACCAGCAAAGUGCUAACGUUACAAUUAAACCUGAGCCGCACGGGCCUAAGUGGGGCUCACUUGAACUUUCCCUCGUGCACCAAGCUCCUGGCUGGCCUUGUUAGGGUUUGGGAUAUGUGGAGGGAGAGGGCUUCGCCUCUUCCAGGUUUGGAGUGGGUCCCGCCAGAGAUGGCCCGGGACCCUCCCACCGCCACUGCCCUCCUCUCGGCCCUGCUGGGCAGUCCCCGCUCCUGGUGCCUUCAGCGGGGGGCUGUGGGGGCUGCCAGGCCCGGGGCCUCGCUGCCACUGCCGUGCACGGCUGGUUCUGACAGGGAAUGGGGUGCAGAGCUGGGUGUCUUGGGAUCCGGUUUUCCCUUCUUGUGCCUCCUGCCCAGGGACCUCAGGGACGCGCUGAGCUGGACCUUUCCUGCUUCCGACUGGCUGGAGUUUUAUCGCCACUCCCGUCCUUUCAAGUUGGGGUUUAUGGCUUCGUUCUUUACUUAAAAGGAGUCAUUCUGUGAUGUAACAGAUCCGGCACGGGGCACCCGGGGCCCAUUCGAAAACCCCUGGCGAGGCCCCUGUGUCCACCGCAGGGUGUGAGGAGCAGGCUGGAGCAGGGCGGGUGCCAGGCCGAGGACCCCCGCCCGCUCGUGGCUACAGGC